AUGUUGAGUCUGCAAUACACACCUCUUCCCCCUAAUGAUGUUUGGUAUAUCCUCUAUGGUCCAUAUUCUCCCCCUGGGCCCCCUAGUGAUGUUUGGUAUAUCCUCUACGGUCCAUAUCCUCCCCCUGGGCCCACUAGUGAUGUUUGGUAUACCCUCUACGGUCCAUAUCCUCCCCAUGGGCCCCCUAGUGAUGUUUGGUAUACCCUCUACGGUCCAUAUCCUCCCCCUGGGCCCCCUAGUGAUGUUUGGUAUAUCCUCUACGGUCCAUAUCCUCCCCCUGGGCCCCCUAGUGAUGUUUGGUAUAUCCUCUACGGUCCAUAUCCUCCCCCUGGGCCAGCUAGUGAUGUUUGGUAUACCCUCUACGGUCCAUAUCAUCCCCCUGGGCCCACUAGUGAUGUUUGGUAUAUCCUCUACGGUCCAUAUUCUCCCCCUGGGCCCACUAGUGAUGUUUGGUAUACCCUCUACGGUCCAUAUUCUCCCCCUGGGCCCACUAGUGAUGUUUGGUAUACCCUCUACGGUCCAUAUUCUCCCCCUGGACCCACUAGUGAUGUUUGGUAUACCCUCUACGGUCAAUAUCCUCCCCCUGAGCCCACUAGUGAUGUUUGGUAUACCCUCUACGGUCCAUAUCCUCCCCCUGGGCCAGCUAGUGAUGUUUGGUAUACCCUUCCAAUAAAACGUNCAUACCCUCCCCCUGGGCCCCCUAGUGAUGUUUGGUAUAUCCUCUACGGUCCAUAUCCAUCCCCCUGGGCCCCCUAG